AUGGCACCAAUUUGGCCAUGGUUAGGCGCCCUCCUCGCCUUGCCCCUGGCUCUAGCCGGAAAGCAUGGAGAUGCUGUGCCCAAAUCCUAUAUUGUGGAAUUUAGCAAUCCUCAUAUCUCGGCCGAAAACUUCGUCAGCGGCCUUGCCCGACACGGGAUUCAGCUCAGUCUUGAGCGCGACUUGUCCUUUGCUCUAUUCCACGGAGGCUCCUUUAGCUUACUCGGAGACACAAAGAACGAGGCCGCCAUUGUGAAGAAGAUCUCAUCUUUCAGCGGAAUUAAGAGUAUCGCUCCUGUCCGCGAGGCUCAUUUGCCCGCACGACAAGUUUCAGUAGCACACGAUGCCUCUUCCACGAACCAUGCCCAUCGCCUGAGCCGCCGUGGCGUGGGUUACUCAAUUGGGUCUAAUGAUGUCCCUCACCGCAUGACCGGAGUCGACAAGCUGCGCGAGGAAGGAUACCUGGGAAGUGGAUUACGAGUCGCUGUCGUGGACUCUGGUGUUGAUUACAAGCACCCUGCUCUCGGUGGUUGUUUUGGGCAGGGCUGCCUGGUAGAAUUUGGCCAUAACCUCAUUGAUAACAACAACGACCCUUAUGAUGACUGUGAUGGGCACGGAACUCACGUAUCAGGUCUUAUCGCCGCCCAGCCGAACCCAUACAACUUCACCGGUGUGGCCCCUAAUGUCACCUUAGGCCACUACAAAGUGGCGAGUUGCGCGAAAAGCUCUUCCACCGACCUAAUCAUGGAGGCUUUCAAAAUGGCCUAUGAAGCCAAAGCUGAUAUCAUCACUACGUCGAUUGGUGGGUACAGUGGUUGGUCUGAGGAGCCGUGGGGAGUCCUCAUUCAGCGGAUCGUCCAGGCCGGUGUUCCGUGCAUGGUUGCUGUUGGAAAUGACGGCCAGUAUGGAAUGUUCUACGCCUCUGAUGGAGCUGACGGUAAAGGUGCCAUUGGCGUUGGAGCAGUAAAUAACCUGAUGGCUCCCAUGUUACUCAACAAGGCUACGUAUUCCACUAGGAACUCCACCAAAGAGUUUGGUUGGUCUAUUUCCGGGGAUGCAGACUUUGUCAAUGGAACAUACCAGUUGUACCCUCUGAGUCUGAAUACUUCUGUUGAGAAUGAUGGAUGUCAGGUCUUACCCUCUAGCACACCUGAUCUUUCCAAAAAGAUUGUUUUGAUAAGACGCGGUGGUUGUUCUUUCGAGAAUAAGGCACUCAAUGCUGUCAACGCCGGUGCAAAGAACAUUCUUUUCUAUAACAAUGCUCCUGGUACCGACCAAUUCUCUUUCACCAAGCACGGUCUGACCGGAAUCGGAAUGGUACCAACGGGUACUGGUGAUGAGUGGGUGAGACUGGCGGCAAAAAAUACUACCAUUAUCCUUCGCAUGGUCAGUAAGAAGUACGCUUCUACGAUCUUAGUCAACGAGGUGAACAGCCAGGCUGGAGGCUUUGUGAGCGAGUUCACACAGUGGGGGCCGAGUAACGAGCUCGCCCAAUUGCCUUCUCUUGCUGCUCCUGGUGGUUUCAUGAUCUCAACAUACCCUCUUGCCCUCGGAGGCUAUGCCGUGGAAUCUGGGACCUCAAUGGCAACUGCCUACUUCGCGGGCUGCAUCGCUCUGUUGAUGGAAGCUCGAGGCAAAGCCUCGCCGGCCGUUAUUCAGUCGCUCUUUUCAACGAACGCAAAUCCAAACGUGUUUAACGACGGUGUUUCAACCUAUGAAUGGCUUGACUCAGUCGCUCAACAGGGUGCCGGUCUCAUCAACGCAUACGAUGCAGUCCACUCAAAGACCAUCUUCAACGUCAGCAGUAUUAGCUUCAAUGAUACUGAGCACAUAGCACCUGUUUAUUUCAGCAUAAAGAACACCGGCUCCGAUACUAUCGUAUAUACCAUCGACCAGGUUGGCAGUGGAACAGUCUACACUCUCGCCGAUGAUGGCACCACCACCCCGGUCUUCUUUGACUCUGGCGAUUUCAUGGAAACUGUCACUGAAUAUGCGUCGCUCACAUUCAGCUCUCGCCUUAUAUCCAUUAGCCCCAAUCAGACAGCUGUCGUCAAGGUAACUGCCACCCCACCAAAGGGACUGGAUGCCACUCGCAUCCCUGUCUACAGUGGCUAUAUCACCCUAAACGGAACAAAUGAUGACUCCUUCUCAAUCCCGUACUUGGGUGCUGCAAAUUCUAUGCGCAAUGUUACCAUCCUUGACACCAAGCACGGCGACAAUUAUCUCUUCUCCAGUGAGAGCAGCACCCACGUCCAAGGGAAUGAUUUGUUCACUCUGCCCGCCCCUGGCACCACUGGCAACAACACUAGUCACCCUAUCUUCAAGCUGUCAAGAUCGAUGGGGACAAGCCUUCUAGACAUUGAUGUAAAGGCGAGCAACGGUACGGUUCUUGGAUCCGUUCCCGGUUAUCCGAAACAUUUCCUUUCCCGCUCGGCUACUGGCUCCACGAAGGUUCCUUGGUCUGGAGAGCUGGCGGACGGAAGUUAUGUGGCUAACGGUAUUUAUUCUUUGCGUGUGAGAGCACUUAAGAUCUUUGGUGACCUGAAGAAUGAUGCGGACUACGAUGUUGUUGAGACACCUCGCUUCCAGGUUCAGUAUGAAGGGAGCGAAAGUUUGAAGGCUCGUCGCCACUGGUGA